GCUUCCUAUAAAUACAUCUGUGGCCAGAAGAGAGCUAGGGUUUGUGGGGGUCUUUGCUUGCGGCUCUCUCUUCAUUUUUUGCUAAAAAGCCAGCACACGUUUGUUAGCUGUUUCAGCUGUCUCUAUAAGCCGCCAAGAUGGUGAAGUUUACAGCUGAAGAGCUCCGUAGGAUUAUGGACCUGAAACAUAACAUUCGUAACAUGUCCGUCAUUGCGCAUGUGGACCAUGGAAAGUCAACUCUCACUGAUUCUCUUGUGGCUGCUGCUGGAAUCAUUGCACAGGAAGCUGCUGGAGAUGUUAGAAUGACUGAUACUCGUGCUGAUGAGGCUGAGCGUGGCAUCACAAUCAAAUCUACAGGGAUUUCUCUCUACUACGAGAUGUCUGGUGAAUCCCUGAAAGCCUACAAGGGUGAGAGGUCAGGAAAUGAGUAUCUUAUCAACCUUAUCGAUUCACCUGGGCACGUUGACUUUUCAUCUGAGGUCACUGCUGCUCUGCGUAUUACUGAUGGCGCCUUAGUCGUCGUUGACUGCAUUGAGGGUGUAUGUGUUCAGACUGAAACUGUUCUCCGACAGGCCUUGGGAGAAAGAAUCAGGCCUGUCUUGACUGUUAACAAGAUGGACCGUUGCUUCUUAGAGCUUCAAGUUGAUGGUGAAGAGGCCUACCAGACCUUUCAGCGUGUCAUUGAGAAUGCGAAUGUCAUCAUGGCUACUUAUGAGGAUGCGCUUCUUGGUGAUGUCCAAGUCUACCCUGAGAAAGGUACAGUUGCUUUCUCAGCAGGAUUGCAUGGUUGGGCUUUCACCUUGACCAACUUCGCUAAAAUGUAUGCUUCGAAAUUUGGAGUUGAUGAGUCUAAGAUGAUGGAGAGGCUCUGGGGUGAGAACUAUUUUGACCCAGCUACCAAGAAAUGGACCAGCAAGAACACUGGCACUGCUACCUGCAAGCGUGGUUUUGUUCAGUUCUGUUACGAACCCAUCAAGCAGAUCAUCAACACUUGCAUGAACGACCAGAAGGACAAACUGUGGCCUAUGUUGACUAAGCUUGGUGUGACCAUGAAGUCAGAUGAGAAGGAGCUGAUGGGUAAAGCUCUGAUGAAGAGGGUGAUGCAGACCUGGCUGCCAGCUAGCAGUGCUCUACUUGAAAUGAUGAUAUUCCAUCUCCCAUCUCCUGCCACUGCCCAGAGAUAUCGUGUGGAGAAUCUGUAUGAGGGUCCCCUUGAUGAUAUAUAUGCAAAUGCCAUCAGAAACUGUGACCCAGAGGGCCCUCUCAUGCUUUAUGUCUCUAAGAUGAUUCCGGCUUCUGAUAAAGGUCGAUUCUUUGCGUUUGGACGAGUCUUUUCAGGAAAAGUUUCUACUGGCUUGAAGGUCCGUAUCAUGGGACCCAAUUUCGUUCCUGGACAGAAGAAAGAUUUGUAUGUAAAGAGCGUCCAAAGAACAGUUAUCUGGAUGGGCAAGAAACAGGAGUCUGUGGAGGAUGUUCCUUGUGGAAACACUGUAGCUAUGGUUGGAUUGGACCAGUUUAUCACCAAGAAUGCAACUCUCACAAAUGAGAAAGAAGUGGAUGCUCACCCAAUCAGAGCCAUGAAGUUCUCAGUCUCGCCUGUCGUCCGUGUUGCAGUACAGUGUAAGGUUGCCUCUGACCUUCCCAAGCUUGUGGAAGGUUUGAAAAGGUUGGCAAAAUCAGAUCCUAUGGUUGUGUGUACAAUUGAGGAGUCUGGUGAACAUAUCAUUGCUGGUGCUGGCGAGCUCCACCUUGAGAUUUGCUUGAAAGAUUUGCAGGAGGAUUUCAUGGGAGGGGCAGAAAUCAAUGUGUCAGACCCUGUUGUUUCCUUCCGUGAAACAGUUCUUGAAAAGUCAUGCCGUACUGUGAUGAGCAAGUCGCCAAACAAACACAACCGUCUCUACAUGGAAGCUCGUCCUCUUGAAGAAGGCCUUCCUGAGGCCAUUGACGACGGACGCAUUGGUCCUCGUGAUGAUCCAAAGGUGCGCUCAAAGAUUCUUGCAGAAGAGUUUGGAUGGGACAAGGAUCUCGCCAAGAAAAUCUGGUGCUUUGGUCCUGAGACCACUGGUCCGAACAUGGUUGUAGACAUGUGUAAGGGAGUACAAUACCUUAAUGAAAUCAAGGAUUCAGUGGUUGCAGGUUUCCAGUGGGCAUCAAAAGAAGGUGCUUUGGCUGAAGAGAACAUGCGUGGUAUUUGCUUUGAGGUGUGCGAUGUUGUUCUUCACGCUGAUGCUAUUCACAGAGGUGGUGGCCAGGUCAUCCCAACAGCAAGAAGGGUCAUCUAUGCCUCUCAAUUGACAGCCAAGCCUAGGCUUCUUGAGCCAGUGUACCUUGUUGAGAUUCAGGCUCCUGAGCAGGCUUUGGGAGGUAUCUAUGGUGUUCUUAACCAAAAGCGUGGACAUGUGUUUGAAGAGAUGCAGAGGCCUGGUACUCCACUCUACAACAUCAAGGCUUAUCUCCCGGUUGUUGAGUCCUUUGGGUUCUCAAGUACUCUGAGGGCCGCGACAUCUGGACAGGCUUUCCCUCAGUGUGUGUUUGAUCACUGGGACAUGAUGGGCUCUGACCCAAUGGAUGCCACUUCUCAAGCUGGGCAGCUCGUGGCCAGCAUUCGUAAGAGAAAGGGUUUGAAGGAGCAGAUGACUCCUCUUUCAGACUUCGAAGACAAGCUUUAAGGUGAGCGCUUAUUGUAGUAUUGGUCGUGAAGCUGUUACCUAGAAUUGAGGGCUUUGAGGCUAGUGUUGUAAUACGCAUUAGUCUCCUGUUAGUUUUGAUACAUUUGAAUGUUUGAGAUUUGCAGAAAGUUCCUCUGCAUUUGGUUUCUUGUUUGUGGUUGUAGUGCUCGGACAUAUUGUUCUUAUGCCAUCAUUAUGUAAUUGAAGUUUUUUUGUCAACUUAUAUUUUGUAGGUUAAAAGCUUUUAUUGGUUUUAUUA